AUGAAUUAUAUUUGAUAUUUUAUUUUUGCAAGCUUUGCCUAUUGCCAGAUAAAAAUAGAAAUAUUCUAUAGCUCCGAUACCGAUCCCAUACUGGCUUCAACAGUUUUCGAUUCGGUGCAACAAAAUUACAACAACCAAGUGGAAGCAAAACUUGUUAAUUUAAGCCUAAAUCCUAUAUGGCUUACCUCAGGAGAAAUAUUUCAUAUGGCGAUUGACUUGACUUUUACUAUUUCUUUAUCCAAUCUGAUAAAGCAAUAUGCUUCCCAAAAUGAAAUAAUCAUGAUUUCUUCUCAAGACUCUCCCUCAUUUAGCAGCUGAGAAUUUUUCAUUCAUCCUUCAGAACAAGACCAAACUAAUGCCCUUUCAGCUCUCAUCUCUUAUCUAAAUUGAGAGAAAAUAAUUGUUCUCGCUGACUCUGAUUGAGCAAAAUUUAAAAAACUGCCAAGUGCAAAUAUUAAAAGCUUUUUUUUCCCUAGUAAUGGAGACCAAAAAUCAGCUGAAAUUGUGCUUAAAAAAGAAAUCAAGCCUGCAGGAAUAAAAAAUAUUGUGAUUUUAAAUAAAGGCGAAGUUGCUAAUUUUCUUGUAAAAAGUAUAAAAGAUGCAAAUCUAUUUAGUUUGGGAACUGGGAUAAUAUUAGGGACAAAGAGUUGAUAUAAUGCAACUGAAACUGGGCUAUUUGGGAUAGUUGAAUUGGGACUAGAAAAUGUAACAGAUUCUUAUAGCUAUGAAGCACUAGGAGUUGAAAAAAUCAUAAAUAUUGUACUUAAUUGCAGACAAUGUUCAGAUAUUCAUGAUAUUAGAAGUUAUUUAGAAAAAAAUACAAUAAAUCAUAGACCAAUAUCAAAUUUCACAGUAUUAAAUGUUAAAAAUAGUGAAAAAACAAAAGUGGGGUAUAUUUAUGAUCAACAGCUAGUUAUUUCCAAAGCCCUAGUUUUUAUUGGAAAUUCUUCUGUAAUCCCAAAUUCUCCUUAUACAAAUAUAACAAUUUCUAUAUCAGAUGGUAUCACAAAUCCAGGAUAUAGUAAUAGCUCAUACUCAGAUAAGAUGAAAGAAGGAGCAAAAUAUGCAUUAAUGUAUGCAAAAAAUAAUAAUUUUAUAGAUGGCUUUGCAAUUUUGGUUACCCACACAGACUGUGGCGCUGAAGUUUAUUAUCCAAAAUUUUCUCUUAACUGUUUUACCAAGCUAAAAAACAGUCUUGGCGUUGGACUUCUAACUACACCUUACCUGCCUACAGUAAUUGGGAACAUAAAUUCAUUGCGAGCUUUAAAUAUUUCAAUUCCACAAAUCUCCGAAAUUGCGACUUCACCAAUUUUGAUGAAUAAAACCACUUAUCCUGAAUUUAUGAGGAUGACCAAAGACAACCGCUAUAAUUUUGCCGGCUUUUUGAACCUUUUCGCGAUUUUUCAAUGAAAAAAAUUUAUUAUUGUGUAUGAUCAAACACCUUCACAAAUUGUUUCUUAUCAGUUUCUUUUAUCAAGCAUAAAUCAAACAGGCUUUGAAAUUGUAAAUCCUCCAGAUAAAAGAGAAAUAAAGCAAAAUUAUGGCCAUAGCGAUUACUCUACAUAUAAGCCGUGAAUGGAAGAGUUUUUAAAGUCAAAAGUAAGGAUUUUUCUUCUUUUAAUGAUCCCUCCAGCACAGCUUUAUUUUGUUGAAGAUUUAUAUAAUGCAGGCUUCAGAAAGGGAGAUAUAAUUUUAUUUGUGUAUAGCAGAUCUACUAGUGCUUUUGCCUAUGAGCCUGAUCCUGCACAAAUGAAGAAAUUGGAAGAGUUAUAUUAUGGAACGAUCACAAUGGAUCAAGCAGAAUGAGUUGGAGAAUAUGGCAAAAAAAUACAAAAAGGCUAUGAAAAAGCAUUUUCUGCAAGCAACGAUGCUUAUCGCUGUUUUUCUUUUGACACUGCUAUGCUUUUAUUGAAUGGAAUUAAAUAUACAAUAGACCAAGGAGGAAGUGUUGAAGAUUUCGCAACUCUAAACGCUAACUUAAGGAUGCAGAGGUUUAUAGGAUGCUCAGGAACUGUGUCAAUUGACAAGGAUUCAAAUGAUAGAAGUACAGCAGUUAUUGGGAUUUAUAAUAUCAGGUGAAAUGAAAAUAGUUUAUAUAAUUAUCAAAUAGGGACUUAUGAUCUAAGUAGUCAACAGCUAUUUACUUUUACUGAUAAUGUUAUCUGAUAUGACAACUCUUCAAAUAUUCCAAGCGAUUUAAUUGCUUAUUCUUGUGAUUUUGACCCAAAGAGUGUUGAAUUUUCUAUGAAUGGGGCAAAGUUUCUUUAUAUUGUUGACUCUUGUGUGCUGAUUAGUGUUUUUAUUGCUCUUUUUAUAAUAAAACAAUAUUGGUAUCACAUAAUGAUAAAGCCACUAGCGGCUUCAAGUGAGGUUGCAUUUUGAGAUUACCUAGCCUAUCUCAUAAUUUUUAUAGAUUUCCUCCAAUUUCUCUUCUUAGGGCCAGAUUUUAGCGCCUACGACAAAUAUUUAAAUCAACUUGUUAAAAUUUCUAUGUAUCGAUUUGACUGGGGAUCUUCCAAAGACAUUUAUUUAGUAUAUUUUUACAUCAGUUUCGCAUUAUCUUUUAUUGUCAUAUUUUUUAGCACCAGAAAUCUAUGAAGUUGUUGGGGAAGAUUCAAAAUGUCUUUUUGUAAUAUUUUUGAGAAGCUGCCUGAAUGGCUAAUUCCUUUUGUUGGAAAUAUAUGCUACAUGCCUAUACUUUUUACACUAUUAGGAGUAUUUCAAUGUGACCAAAGCAUAGGAAAUGAGAUUACAGAUAGCUUUAUGAGGCAAGAUUGCGAAAUAUUUUGUUGAAAAGGCCAUCAUAUAACAUUAGUAGUCCUUGCAGUCAUUGCGCUAAUUCUUUAUUUACCUGUUGCAAUGAAUUUAAAACUAUAUUGUGAUGCUAUAAAUGUACAUUCAAAUAUACAAGUUUGACCAACGUUUUUACUCGAAAAGAGAGUAUUUCAAACAAUUGUGAUCGCGCUAAACAAUACCCUGCUAGUCCAUUAUCAAUCACUAUAUGGACUCAUAUAUAUUCUAUUGAUAAUUUGCUUUAUCAUUUUUACAAAAUUGAAGCGGAAGCAAUAUAACUAUAGCAGAUGCAAUCUUUGACUAAUGAUUUCAUAUAUUGCUGUUAUUUGAAACAUAGGGAUUUCCUCAAUAUAUAAGCUUUUUGAUGAUGGAUUUUUGGAGAAAUGAGCUUUUCUUCAAUAUGGAGGAUGAUUUUUCUUAAUUUAACCCUAUAUUAAAAAAUCAAUAUAAAAUUUCUUACUAAUCUAUUCUAAUAAAAAUUAGACGAUUUUUAUCUUUGUUAUAGAAAGGAGAGAUAUUGAUUAUUGCUGUGUCAAUUCAGCAUUAUUAUUGUCCCUCUCUUCUUUAUUCAGAGGACCCUCCAGACAUUGCUCUUUUUUUUAGGUUUUCAUUAGGCAAGUCAAUAAAAGCAAGUCAAAUAAAUCAGUUGAAUAAAGAAAGAAAUAGCAGAUCUCAAUUCUCUAUUUCUCUCAAAUAA